AUGGGAAAUUAGAUUCAAAAAAUCAAUCGAAAAAUCGAUUAAUUGUUAUUUAAAGCUUAUGAAUAUUUAAUCUAGGAAGAAGAAUUAUCAGACACAACUGUUGAUGCACUUUCAUCAGAUGAUAACAUUAAUGAAAAUUAUAUAGAAAAUUAGUAAUAAAAAGAAUAGAAUUAAUGUGAGGAUCAACCUUAAAGUAUGAAUCUAAAUAUUAAUAAAUCGAAAAUAAUAAAUAUAAAAUCAGAUGCUCAAACUAUUUUGGGUAAUAAAAGAAAAUCGCAAUCAUAAUUACUUUCUGAUAGGAAGAGCAAUAAAAAAAUUUGUGAAAACAAAGAAAAUUGCCUUUGA